CCUGCUCGCCGUUCGUGAGGAUGCCCUACCACAAUCUCAAAGCUCUGAUCAAGGGCAUUCGGGCAUGCAAGACCGUCGCAGAUGAGCGUGCUUUGAUCAAACAAGAGUCCGCCGCUAUACGCGCCUCCUUCCGUGAAGAGGACUCCUACGCAAGACACAACAAUGUCGCCAAACUCCUCUACAUUCACAUGCUCGGCUUCGAGGCCCACUUCGGUCAGAUCGAAUGCCUUAAGCUCGUAGCAAGUCCCCGUUUCGGAGACAAACGUCUGGGAUACUUGGGUAUCAUGCUGUUGUUGGAUGAGAGCCAGGAAGUGCUUACGCUGGUCACGAACUCCCUGAAGAAUGACAUGAACCAUGCGAAUAUGUACGCGGUCGGACUAGCUCUCUGCACGUUCGCGGACAUUGCCUCGGAGGAGAUGUCGCGAGACUUGGCCAACGAGAUCGAGAAGCUGCUGGGUUCGAGCAACACCUACAUUCGCAAGAAGGCUGCGCUAUGUGCCCUUCGCGUGGUCCGCAAAGUCCCAGACCUCGCGGACCACUUCGUCUCGAAAUCCAAGAACCUCCUCGCGGACCGCAAUCAUGGAGUACUCCUCACAGCAAUUACCCUUGUUACCGAAAUCUGCCAAAUUGAUCCCCCGAGCCUCGAAGAGUUCCGCAACGCCGUACCUCUGCUCGUUCGCCACUUGAAGUCACUCGUGACCACGGGCUACAGUCCGGAACACGACGUUUCAGGGAUCACGGACCCCUUCCUGCAAGUCAAAAUCCUACGCCUCAUGCGUCUACUGGGCAGGGGAGACCCGCGGGCUAGUGAAAUCAUGAACGACAUCCUUGCUCAGGUUGCAACGAACACGGAUUCUACCAAGAACGUCGGAAACUCCAUUUUGUAUGAGACCGUUAUGACCGUCCUGGAGAUCGAGGCAGACAGUGGCCUGCGUGUUAUGGCGAUUAAUAUUCUAGGCAAGUUCUUGAGCAACCGGGACAACAACAUCCGAUAUGUCGCGCUCAACACCUUGAACAAGGUCGUCGCGAUCGAUACGAACGCAGUUCAGCGGCAUCGCAACAUCAUCCUCGACUGUUUGCGCGACGGCGAUAUCUCCAUUCGUCGGCGCGCGCUCGAGCUGUCGUACGCGCUGAUCAACGAGCAGAACGUCCGGAUCCUCAUCCGGGAACUGCUCGCGUUCCUGGAGGUCGCGGACGACGAGUUCAAGCUGGGAAUGACCACGCAGAUCUGCUUGGCGGCGGAGCGUUUCGCACCCAAUAAACGUUGGCAUAUUGACACGGUUCUGCGGGUAUUGAAGCUGGCUGGCAACUUCGUGAGAGAAGAAAUUCUCUCUGCCUUCAUCCGACUGGUCGCGCACACACCAGAGCUACAAGCAUAUACCGCGUCCAAGCUCUACGCCUCUCUGCGUUCAGACAUCUCGCAGGAAUCCCUCACGCUGGCCUCGACAUGGGUGAUCGGCGAGUACAGCGAGAUCCUCCUCGAAGGUGGUCUUGUUGACGAAGAGCAGCCCAAGCCAAUCUCAGAUCAGGAAAUUGUCGAGCUUCUCAUCUCUGUCCUCGACUCGCCCUACGCAAACUACCUCACGCGCCAGUUCGUUCUCACAGCGCUGACGAAGGUCUCGUCGCGGCCAACCACAUCGCCCGCGCAGCAGGAACGGAUACAGACGCUGCUGAUGACCUACACGACAAGCCCCGAACUUGAGCUCCAGCAGCGCGCCGUAGAGUUCGCGAGCCUGUUCAAUUUGGGCGAGAUUAGGUCAGGCGUGCUCGAGCGUAUGCCUGCGCCCGAGCUGAAGGCCACCGUAUUGGGUGUCGUGAGCGAAAACAAGCCCGUCGGCUCUGUACAGCCAGGCAAGGACGCGGACCUUCUUGGGGACGACAUUCCAAGCGCGCCCGCUACAAACGGCCAAGCUGCAGCCCCAGCUACCCAAGACCUCCUCGCUGAGAUCUUCGGCAACUCUGGACCCUCCGCCCCAACAACUGGCGGCUCGCCCGCACCCCCGCCUGCCCAGCGCAACAUCGCCCAGGACAUUCUCGGGCUCUUCGACUCUCCCUCUACCACCGCCGCCGCUCCAGCCGCCACGGCGCCAUCGUACAACGCACACUCCUCCUUGUUCGGUGCAACCCCUGCAGCACCCUCACCACCCGUCCCGCAAGCUACGUCUCCCCCGCCCGCACAGGCUCCAGCGGCGACGGGCUAUGUCGCGUACGACAAGAACGAGCUGAAAGUAACACUGACGCCACAGACGUCCCCGACGCGUCCGGGUCUCGUCCGGGUCCUCGCGCAGUUCGUUGCGACCGGUGCGAACCCGCUGUCGGGUCUCAACUUCCAGGCGGCCGUGCCAAAGUCGCAACAACUGCAAAUGGCGCCCAUCUCAAGUCCCGACGUCGCCCCUGGCCACGCAGAGACCCAGGAGAUGCGCGUAUUGGCCCCCGCUGGUGCCAACAUUCGUCUACGACUGCGCAUAUCGUACAGUGUCGCAGGACGCGCGGUGCAGGACCAGGUCGAUUUCGCUGGUUUCCCAGCUGGGCUGACGGGCGGAUCAUCAUGA